GAGACUUUCUGGUCGGUGAACACAACAAUGUGGUGUGCUGCAAAUUCUUCACUUUGACAUUGCUAUCUUAUAAUGUAGUAAACACGAGAGCGAUGGCAGCAUUCAACUUAUUUAUCGCCAUAUCUGGCGUAAUUUUUGCACUUUUCGUUUUGGGAAUUCAUAAUUACUUGACCGCCCAUGAAGAGAAUUCAUGUGAAAUGACUUACAUGUUCGAAUAUCCGCAGUAUGUGAAAAUUGCACUGUCUGACAAUGAUACGAAGGAGUUUCCGAAGUACGGACUGUACGCUUACGGCGAGGGACAGUACACUGAAAAGCUGCGCAACAUGCAGUUUAAUGGCAUACCUGUUUUAUUUGUACCUGGCAACAGCGGAUCCUACAAGCAAGUACGCUCUCUGGCUUCCGUUGCUCUACGAAAGGCUCGUGACAGCAGGAGUCAAUUCCACUUCAACUUCUUCACAGCAGACCUCAACGAAGAGCACUCUGCCCUUUUUGGAGGAGUCCUUGCUGAGCAGACCAGAUUCAUAUCAGUCUGUAUCAACAAAAUUCUUUCACUAUACGGACGAUCAAGAAAUCCGCCUAAGUCGGUCCUGCUCUUUGGUCACUCGAUGGGAGGAAUGGUUGCUAAGGGUGUGUUCCUAGAGCCAGAUUUUGUUCCAGGCUCUGUGAACACAGUGCUAACUCUAGCCACGCCUCACUCCAGCCCAGUUAUGAUUUUGGAUCCAUAUGUAGCCUCUUACUAUCAAAAAGUCAACUCGCUUUGGGAAAUUGGUGACCCAAAUAGGCUCCUCAUUUCUGUUGGUGGUGGCCACAGAGAUUUGCUGGUUCGUUCAGGACUAACACUUCAAGGAAACGUUUCAACUUUGAGCACUGCUGUCCCUGCUGUUUGGGUUUCAGCUGAUCAUCUGUGCAUCCUGUGGUGCAAACAGCUUGUCUUGUCUUUGGCCAGAGCUCUGUUCGAUUCCGUAGAUCCCAAAACCAAGCUCUUGACUGACGAUGCACAAAUCAGACACCAAGCGUUCAGCUACCAUCUACUGCACCGCAAUUUUGGCAAGAGAGUAACUGAUGCAAACUACCCUCUCCAAGCCGAGUUCGACAAAGAGGGAGAGUGGCGAGAGUACUUAAAGCGUCAGUUUACUGUAAAAGAGACGCACCUGAAGAAACCUGUAUACAUCAUGGUUCGGAUAUUGCCAAACGACCUGAAACAUGAAUUUGUCGCAAUCGAAGCCAUUGGAUUAGAGAAACGGGAUUGGGUUUACGGCUGCAAUGCUGACUUGGUUUACAAACACGUUCGGAUGUGUGAACGUGGAAUAAAUUUGUCAAACUUUACUCAGUUUGUACCUUCGCUGAUGAAAAGACGAAAGAGUGUUACUUUUAAUCUGCACUCUCUAAAGAAACACGGUAUUAGCCACAUCAUCGUUAAGAUUCCUACUUCCACUAGUGAGGUUUUGCUAAACUUUGACGUAUUUUCGAGGGAGGAGAGGAUUCUUCAAGUUGAAUCUCUGCCGCCGAUUUAUUCGACAAGCGCGGAAGAAAUUGUUGCAACUACAGCAGUGGGUGCUCUGUAUUACCAGUUGCAGCUGCCUUCCUUGGAGAAAGCUUGGCAUGCUGCUAGUUUUGUGUUUGAGGCAAAUUGUGCUGCAUUAGACCAUCAUGCUGUUGCCACCUUAGCCACUGACUGGAGUACUGAGGAUUCACACGCUUUUGUUACUUCGACUGUUUCCCAGCGUCUUCCACUUAAACUGCACCUUCUCCGUCCCAAUGGUAUAGACAAAAACGCAACCGCUCACAUUACUCUUCAACUGGAUCCUUUGUGUACUUACAAUCUCAAGAUUGAACCUUCGCAACCAAUGAUUUUGGGCCAACUUGUCCGCUUCUACGCUCCUCAGCUGCCAGCAUACCUUGUUGCAGUCCUACUUCUGGCUUUGCGAGCUCAGCUUGAUGGUGUAUCUCAGGGCAACACUUGCAUAGCCUUUCAUUCUGCAAUCGCCUCAGGAUCAAAACCAUACUUCCUCAUGCCUAUUCUCAAAAUUUCUGUACACAUCCUAAGACUGGGCCCUGUUGCUAAAAUAUUUCCAAUGACAGAUUGGGUUUUACUGUAUGCUCAAGGGCUGGACAUGUUUUUCCUACCUCUGAUUUUGUAUUGUGUUGCGUCAUUUGCUGCUUACGUUUUUGGAUUAGCCGUCUGGAUUGCAGUACUUGUGUGGGGAACAACAGCCAACAAGAUUUUAGUCAAAUUCAUUUCAAGAUCUUUGUUUGGAGGAUUUCGCUGGUCCGAGUGGGUUUUGGGGACUUUUGCCAAACUCCCUUGUGCAGUGGCAUUUUUGCUGGUUGCUUUAGCUUAUGCAACCUGCGGCGCCCUUGCCCUUGCUGCUGGACUAUGCUUCUACUUUCUUUUGGUUGUAAAAAUGUACGAAGAAUACUUGGAGGAAUUACUGAAAGUGCCUUUGCGCUUGAUCAAAGGCCAGCGCACUGAAAUUUGGGGACGCUCGGAAACCUUCUUAUCUGAACUUCACUUUCAUUGCACUGGACUGCUUCUGUGGGCGGUCACAACUGGUCUCCAUGCACCUUGUGCCCUAGCAUGGGCAAGAGCUUUUCCAUUUGGAACUCGUUUAAGCCCGGAUCCUUCUUUGGCAGCAGCCUUAGCCCUUUGCGUCUGUGCCCCUGUCCUGUGGCAGCGCCAAAUGCCCCGCCAGUAUUUGAAACAUAGCCAAGAAAUGAGUGUAAUUUUAUUUGGAGUGGCUGCCGUGGGACUUAUAUUUGCUCCCGUCUCUCUCUAUCGGCUUAGUCCAUUUCUAGUCGCAGCAUUCAUGCUAGUCUGCUUGCAACAGUUGAUGGCCAAACAAGUUUUGCCAGCGCCAGAAUCUGGCACACCUGCUCCAGCAGCAGCAAUAACUGAGAAGGCUGAGGCGGACAAUGCUGUGGCUGAAGAGAAACUGAAGCAAAAUUAAAGCUACCACACAGCUGUCUAAUGCUGAAUUUGCGACUGAAUCAGUGGAUUGUUUGGGUUUAUACACCUCUCGAAUUCCCCGAAAUACAGUCUGCUUUCCUAGUACCAAUAUAUAGGCUGAAAUUAAAAUUGUUAACAACACAGUAACUGCCUAAGAUACAUAUUUGGAUUGAAAUUAAUCACUACAAUUGUAUGUUGUGGCCGUUGACCUCAUCUUUUGAUCUACAUUACAGUAACCUGACAUAGGUAAUAAAGAAUCCAAGAAUUUAAAAUUGAAGCUUUAAAAUAAUCAAUUUUUGUGUUAAUCUAACACGUUUUCCACUUACGGAAUACAAACAAUUUUAUAUGGGCAAUUGCAAUAUCCUUUUGUUGUAAGUUGAAUUAAGAUUUUUGUAUGUUUUCUAUCAAUUUCAUUUGCCGUGAUUAAUGAGUGUGAAGGAGUGUGUAUUGUCAUUGGAGGUAAAAACGGCCAAGUCUUCUGCCAAUUUUUGCGCCACAUUAGAAUUACACCACAUAAUUUAAGUGAGCCAACCAUGCUAAUACUUAAUUAGGGCUCAAAUAUAACAAAUAAAUUUAUCUUUUUUAACAGGGUGCGCUCCCUGUUGUUAAAAUUUGACAGCCCAGACCUCGGUUUUUUUUUUGCGUGUUUGGAUGUUUUGAUUGACUUAAAAUUUGCUGCUAUUGCUGAGGAACUUUUGAUAGAAAGUGUUCAUUCCUGAAGCAGGUUACCUCUGGUCAUGUUAAAAAGUGUUGCAAUGUUAUUUAUAUAGAAUGGCUCUUAAAUGCUGUCUAUUAUAAUGACGGCCUUGUAUUAUUGCGUAAUUAAUAAAUUAUUUACAACAAAAAAUUAAACAAAAAA